UUGAUUUGAGGUGGAGAGGUGGGCUUUAAAGGCGGAAGUAUAAAGUAAAUCCGGAUGCUAGUAAUGACUAUAUGUAAUUAUAGGGAAGCAAACCCGGAUGAUUUUUUUCACUGAUGAUUAGCUAAUACACAAACGUUAAGACCUAUGAAUGUAUUGUAUUUAUUUUUAAUGUUUUGACGACUUGAAACUUACGAUGUCAAUAGUGAAUUAAGAUCCUACACUGUGUCCAUUUUUGAAAUAAGACGUAUAUUUACUGUUUUUGUUCACCAUUGUAGUUUUGAUAAGAACGGUGAAUGUCCGGUACAUACAAAUGAAACGAGACACAAGUUUUAUAACCUUGAAAGAUGUUAAAGAAGGUGAAAUGAAACCUAAUUCUUCAAAAACUAGUCAUUUGAUAAAUUUAAAAAAAAAAAAUAAAAAGAGACACAGAGAAGUGGGAAUGGGAGCGAUAUUAAACAACACUAUAAGCAAUCGCUGAUUGAUUUGAUCCUGUCAUCAUGAGAGAUACAAUAAUCUGACAAAUUGACUAUUUUUAAAUCUAUGUUCUUGUGAAAUUAAAUUGGGAAAACUCGCGGACGAUAAACGACGAGACUUUAACAAUGGACUGUAGUAAAGGACAAAUAACAUUACAAUGGGACAAAGCGAACGUCAAAUGAGAAUUGACUUCAUUCAUAAAUGUGUAAUUUUUUUAAAUAUUGAAAUAUGUCUAAGGAUUUGUAUUUACAAACAAAUUUCCUGUACUCAGAUCCGUUGUUAUUUUCCGAAGUAAAGAUAUCCCGGUAUUGCAUUAUACAAUGUAACGUAUUACACAAACAAGGAUAUGUUAACUGUCAAUAUCCGUUAAUAAUGAUAUAUACCUGUAAUUCAAAGUAUUAAUUGAGCAGAAACACAUAAGAAGAGAUACUAUUGAUACAGUAUUCCUUUGGUUAUAUAUAUAUAUAACGAAUGUGAAAAUAUGUUGAAACGAAUUCGGAAAACGAAUGUUAUUGACAAAUUUUAGCGAUGGAGCAUCCUUGUCCUCACUGCAACAAGACGUUUAGCAGUGAAUUUGCAAGAAAACGUCAUUUGAACAUACAUUCAAACAAUGUGAAAUUGAAAUGUAAUUUUUGUGGAAGAGAAAUAAAUCGGAAAGACAAUUUCGAACGUCAUUUGAAGACAUGUGAAAAGAGUAAAACGUGUUCCCAUUGCGAGAAAUGUUUCAAAACAUCGAUUCAACGACGUAUCCAUAUACUUAAAGAACACAGGGAUGAGUUGUUGAAAUGUGAAAGGUGCAAAAAAGAAUACUUUUCUAAAAAGACUCUUCAGCAACAUCUAGCAAGAUGCCAGAAAUAUCAAGAUAUUCCAAGACCCUGUGCCAGAUCUGAUGAUAUUCAACAUGAGAAUAAUCAAGAUAUUCCCGGACCUAGUUACAGAUAUAAUGAAAUUCAAAACGAGAACAUCGGAAAUGCACCAGAGCCCAAUCAAAGGUCCGAAGAAAAUCAAAAUGCGGAACCAAUUGAACGAUACACAUACAGAACAUGUCAUCGCAGAUUUGAUUCGCGUCGAACUCUGUUUAUUCACCAGAUGAAUGAACAUUUUCAAGUGGGAGAAGGAGGAUUACAGGCCAGACCAUGGGGAAAUGGAUCCCCUCCUUGGGAAGAAGGUGGAAUAGUUGAUCACAGCCUGAAAGAAGCAUAUGAAAGUAAUGCCCCAAUUAUAUUACGGCGUCAUCAAGAGGGGACUGUUUGUAGUAUUUAUAACUUUCCAAUAGAUAAUCAGUUUUCUGUAGGGGAAAUAAUGCAAGCAGCCUACGAGAUUUAUGAUCGACAAAAUAGAGCUUUCAGAUUGAAUCUAGAAUUUGGUCUCAUAUUAGUUAAUACAGAAACAAGAGAAUAUAGAUAUUUUAAACCCCAUCAUAACAAUGAAGUUUUUCAGAGACCCAUUUACGUGUCACAGCGCAAUCACUUAAAUCGACUGCAGCAGCGAAUGCAACGGUUUAAUAUUACGAAUUACAUAUUACGCCAGCGCCCCGACACAAAAUGGAAACCCUAUUUAAUAACCAAUGUACGCAUUGUCAUAUACCAUUUGAAUUUUGUUUUGGGAAAUGCGGAAGUCAUGUUACCUCCUCACAUUAGUCAAUCAAAAUCUAUUAUCAAGCUGACAAAGGACCGGAAAGGUCAAAUAUAUACAGAUAAUUUGUGUGCGUUCCGCUGUUUAGCGGCUCAUCAAGGGUACUAUCCUUCCGGUUUAGAAUCUCGUACACAUGUUUUAUUUCAACAAUGGGUCUCAUUUCAAAAUACUCAUAAAAAAGAAGUGGAUUCGAACCCCAAAACAUUCCCGGGUAUCACUUUGAACGAAAUAGUUUAUUUUGAAAAAUGCUUCAAAAUCAAUGUAAAUGUAUUUUCAUUGAACGAAAGUCAAUCGGCGCUGUCCAUUUACAAAUCCUCAUGUAAAUUUUCAGACACUUUACACUUGAAUCUGUACGAACAUCAUCUGUCAUACAUUUCUAAUUUUAAUUGUUAUGCUCAAAAAUUUCUGUGCAAAACUUGUCAUCGUCACUUCAAAUACCUCCACAACAUGAAACGACAUCAGCGUGUUUGCGCAGGGAAAACAAAGAGAAGAUUUCAGGGAGGGUUUCAUUAUUCUCCAAGUACUGUAUUUGACAAAUUGGAUCAAUUCGGUAUAAGUGUUCCCGAGAACGAAAGAAUAUACGAGUGGUUUUUAGUGUAUGACUUUGAGUCCAUGCUGGUUCCAAUGAACACAGAAAGUUCUGGUUCUCAGCAAUACACAGAAAACCACGUACCCAUUUCUGUUAGCAUCUGUUCUAACGUAGAUGGGUACACUGAACCACAUUGUAUCAUUGAACCAGAUAUCAACACUCUGGUCAAGAACAUGGUUCAGUGCAUGACAAUGAUUGCUAAUAGGGCUGCUGAACUAGCAAAAGAAAAAUUUGUCUACGUGUUCGAGGCUCUCGAUGACCUUGUUUUCGACAAUGUAGACGAGGAUAUGGCCGAGUACCUCGAACACGAAGACGAUGUCAAUAAAAUGAUUGAAGAUGAAAAGAAAAGCAUUGAAAAGUUGAAGGUGGAAAUGGAAGAAUAUUGCGAGCAGAUCAUUUGUAUCGGUUUCAAUUCCGCCAAAUACGACAUCAAUUUAAUCAAAAGUUAUCUAAUCAAACAUCUUGAGCUAGGUUCUACAAAUGGCACAUUCACCGUCAAGCGAAAUAAUGCUUAUGCCUGCAUAAGUACUCGUAGGUUUAAAUUUUUAGAUAUUACACAGUAUCUGAGUCCCGGCAUCAAUUAUUCAGGGUUCUUGCGUGCUUUCGAUGUACAAGAAUGUAAAGGGUUUUUUCCCUACCAAUUUCUAGACUCUGUUGAAAAAUUAAAUCACCCCGAACUUCCUCCACAUGAAGCUUUUUAUUCGUCUUUGAAAGAUUCAAAUAUCACAAACGAAGAAUAUGCCUUUUGUCAAAGAGUUUGGGAGGAAAAAAAUAUGACAUCAUUUCGUGAUUUUCUGGUGUGGUAUAACAACUUCGACGUCAAACCUUUCGUGCAGGCGGUGACAAAUCUACAGAAGUACUAUUUCGAACGUCAAAUUGAUAUUUUCAAAUGUAGUAUUUCGGUUCCCGGUCUAGCGCGCCGAAUGUUGUUUGACAGUGGGAGAAAAGAGGGGGCCAGUUUUGCAUUGAUCGAUCAAGCCAACGAAGACUUGUAUGAUACCAUUAAGCAAAACAUUAUUGGCGGACCGAGUAUCAUAUUUAAUCGCCAUCACGAGGUUGGAAAAACUUAUAUUCGAGGGAAUUCCCAGAAACCUUGUGGUAAGAUCAUUGGCUUCGAUGCUAAUGCCCUGUAUCUACACUGUAUAGGGAAAGAAAUGCCCGUGGGUUCUUUUGUGCGCCGUAAGGUAGACGACGGGUUUAAACCACAGAAACGCGAUCGAUACUCUCUAGCUUAUGAUUGGUUAGAGUGGCUGAACCACAGUGGUCAGUACAAGAUUACACACAAAUUGAAUUCCGGAAAGGAAAAGAAAAUAGGUCGCUUUCCGGUCGACGGUUAUGACGAAGCUUCCAACACCGUGUUUCAGUUUCAAGGCUGUUACUGGCACGGCCACCGUUGUUGGUUAACGCGUCAUGUUCAAGACGACAAGCUGAUGAAUAGUCGCGAAAAGAAAACUCGCAAAACAACUCUUUAUCUUCAAAGGAAAGGUUAUAAAGUAGUAGAAAUGCGCGAAUGCACUUUCCGAAAUAACGUUCGGUUUAAUUUGAAGUUGAAAAAAUUCUCAAAUUCGCGUAAACCUAAUAUGAGUCAAGGUUCUUUGUCUUCGGAAGACGUAAUAGUUGCCGUGAUGAGUGAUAAGUUGUUUGGCAUGGUCGAGUGCGACAUUCGCGUGCCCGAUACCUGGCAGGCUCAUUUCAGUCAUCCAACAAUGACCCCUUAUGAGUAUUUCUCAGAAAUGAGCCCUCUCUUUUGUACUACCGACAUUCCCUUUGAUGCGAUAGGUCAUCAUAUGCAAAAUCAUGCAAAGCGCUUCCACCUUUCUACAAAACCUAGGCGAUUACUAGUCGGGGGAAUGCGCGCGCGCCAAUUAUUUAUUGCUACUCCAUUACUGAAGUGGUAUAUAAGUCAUGGUCUGGAAAUCACAAAAAUUUAUCAAACCGUAGAAUUUACACCACAGCGAUGUUUUCGAUCUUUCGUAAGCGACGUCAGUAAUGCUCGGCGUCAAGGUGACGUAGAUCCUUCUAAAGCUAUUAUCGCAGACACGCGAAAAUUAGAAGGUAAUAGUGCUUUUGGAUCCACCAUCAUGGAUCAAGAAAAAUUUCAGAUCGUCAAAUAUGUUCAAGGGGAAGGGAAUGCCAUGAUGGAAAUAAAUGAACCCCAGUUUAAAAAAUUAACGACUUUGAUAGAAGACGAGGAAUUGUACGAAAUAGAAAGAAGUAAAAAGAAAUUGAAUUUGAACUUGCCCAUUCAGAUCGGUUACUUCAUCUUGCAGUAUGCAAAACUGCACAUGUUACAAUUCUACUAUGAUUUCAUGGAUAGAUUUGUAGACCGUGCAGACUUUGAAUACUGCGAGAUGGACACCGACUCUGCCUACAUGGCGAUAUCGGGUUCCACCUUUGAGUACGUGAUUAAACCUGAACUACGACAGAUUUACGAUCACGGUCUCAACGGAUAUUGUACUAGCGCCCUAGAGAUCGAGGCGGACUGCGACCAACAUUGGUUUCCUCGCACUUGCUGUAAGGAACACGCAAAGUACGAUCGCAGAACGCCUGGACUCUUUAAAAUCGAGUAUGAAGGGGACGAAAUCAUUGGUCUUUGUUCAAAGACUUAUAUAGUUUCAGAUCGAAAGCAAGUGUCGUUUUCAAGCGCCGUGAUAACGGCUAAGCGAUUACUGAAACGAGCCAAGAAAUAUAAGUCGCUGAACAGGAGGGAAAAUAUCAGACAAAGAAAUAUCACCCAUUGUAAAUUUUCAUGCAAAGGUGUUUCCAAGAAAAGAUUAAAAGCACCCCUGACCACUUUUAGAAAUGUUUUAAAAACUCAAAAACAUGCUUCUGGGAUAAAUAUGGGUUUUAAACUUUUCAAUAACCAAAUCUGUACUUAUCGUCAAGUGAGGAAUGGUUUUUCCUACUUUUACUGUAAAAGAAAAGUACUAGCAGACGGUGUGAGUACAGAACCAUUAGAUAUAGAACUGUGUCCUUUAAAACCUAAAAAGAUCGAUGAUAUCGAAAUUGAUGACUUUGAUUUAAAUCUUAUUCAUCUUCUAGAAGAAGUCGAAUAAUAGAACUCACUUUUCAAUAAACUAUCAAACAUGAGUGAAUAAAAUUGAAGUUUUAGACAAUGGUUUAGGGAGGAAUUCAUUAAUAGGUUUAUUGUUGUUUAUAAUUUUGUUUAUUUUUUUUUUUCAAAUUACUCAUAGAUAUAUCAUUCUAUUAUUAAAAGUAUAUCGCGUUACUUGUUGUAUAUAAGUAAGAGUUGCUCUCAAUAUUGUUUAUUAAACUGUGUCCAUCUCUCCUCAGACGUGAGUCAGGCACAGACCAAAUACAUUGUACAUAUUGUAUAUAGAUUUAUGAGAACAGAUUAUGUUACAUCCCAUAGUUGUAAUCAUAUAAAUGUUGACAAACAGAAUUUGUAUUGUCGUGUUUUUGUAGUUUAUAAGUAAUCUUUUAUAUUAUUCAGUAAAAGUUUAUAAGAAGCAUUAAUGUAUUGGUGUUGUUUUUAUAAGUAUGGAAAGACCCAAUAGCACUUCAACAGAAUCUUGGAGGUUUCUAGGGAGUAAACUCCCGAAAUCGGAAAUAGUAUAUUUCUGUCAAAUGACAGUGGUAUAUAUCAUCAUAAUCACUUCUAUAGUUAAUCUGUCAUUAAAAAACGGCUCCUCUGAAUUAUGGAUAUCUUUGCUGAGUAGUGCCAUAGGUUAUGUCUUACCCAACCCGUCUUUAAAGGCUGAUAAGAUAUAAGAACCCUGCUCUCUCGCAGAGGGAUUAGAAGAAUAAACAAGAUGAGUAUUCCUUUUCAACCUUGUUCGAGUAUGUGUAUUAGCGGACAAACAGGAAGCGGAAAGACAAGAUUUGUAUAUCGGUUACUGACUCAUUUAGAUGAAAUGUAUGUUAAGGAACCUCCCAAAAGAAUUUUAUAUUGUUACGGAAUUCAUCAGCCUUUAUUUGACGAAAUAGAGCAACAUAUUUUUAAUUUGAAAUUACAUCACGGGAUACGUUCUAAUGAAACAAUUCAAGAUUUGACUUCCGAUCGCCAGCAUACAUUAAUAGUGUUAGACGAUUUAAUGCAUCGAGUGGUACAGGAUGUAGACAUGGAACUUUUGUUUACACAGGGCUGUCAUCAUCGACGUCUCAGCGUCAUUUUCAUUACCCAAAAUAUUUUUCCAAGAGGCUCUAAAUCUCGAACUAUAGCCUUAAAUACCUAUUAUUUAGUACUCAUGAAAAACAUGAGAAAUGCCUCACAGAUAUCUGUGCUAGGCCGACAACUAUACCCAGGACGCUCUAAAUUAUUAAUAGACGCAUACACUGAUGCAACUAAACAAGCUUUUGGGUACCUCGUAGUUGAUACGUCACCACAAGGCAUCGACAAAUAUAGACUCCGAACCAACAUCUUUCCGGAGGAAGAACCCGUAGUUUACACCAGUUUAUAAGAAUGCCCUUCCAAGUUUGUCUUGAAAAUGGGUUCCUUGGUUAGAGACCAGAAAUCCUUUUUAGAACUUUUACUACAAACAUCCCCCGCACAAAGAAAGCUGUUACUGAGUUCUGUGACGAAACCACAAUUACAAGUGUUGGGAGAAAUAGCUGCGAACGUCAUACAUAGUGUCAUUGUACUUAACCAAAGUGAGAAAAAUAUACUUAAAAAGCACAAAUCAUUUCUUCUAGUUUUGGGGGAUAAGACGGCGUCGCGAAAAAGCAAGUUACUUCUCUUAAAAAGAAAACAUCGGGUCGUUCCCGUUUUUCUAAAAAUUGUAAAACCUUUCCUAAGAAGAUGGUGGACGUAAUGCAAAAAUCUGUUUUGGUGCCAUACGACAAAUACCAACGUCUGCUGUCUCUCCAAGAGUCGCAUCAGGAAUAUUUUAAACAAAAUUCUACAGAAACACCCGAAAACAAGCCUGAAGAGAUAACUAAAACUGAUGAGUUAAAACAAGAGACAAAUAACCAAAGCUCACAGACAGAGAAUUUGGUGGAUUUUGAAACUAAAGAGGAUUUUUUGCGUACAUCUCCUGAGCCUUUAAUGAAAAUACAGCCAGCACUCCAAAAGACUUCAAAAAUCGCAAAAAAGAUUUUGAAAUCCGCAAAGAAACCUUAUUCUCGAUACAGACUUAAUAAAACUUGGAUUCAAUUUUAAACCAUAUUCACUGUUCUAUUAUUAAUCAUCAAUGCUGCAUACUAAUAAAGAAUUAUAUAUGAAUUUUAUUC